ACCUCCGCGCACUGUCUCUGCAGCUGUCAAGCCCUCCUCGCACCCUCACCUGUGCUAGCGCCUUGCCCGUCGCUUCGGUGCCACGACGAACUCGGGAGAAGGCCGCAAAAAGGACGCAAAGUGAACGCUGAGGGCUUUCUGGAUCCUCUGCUUUGCCUACCGACAAGAUGGUACGUGCGAACAUGGAUAGCGAUCUGGUGAAAUAUACCGGCGGCUGUCACUGCGGAGCGGUCAGGUACGAGGUCUGGGCACCGGCCGUCCUCAACGUUAUUGACUGCAACUGUUCCAUCUGCGUCAAGAAGCAAGGGCGGCACUUCAUCGUCCCGUUAAAUCAGUUCAAACUCCUCAAAGGACACGAUUCCCUCAAGACCUAUUCCUUCAACACGCACAUGGCGAAACACAACUUCUGCAUCACCUGCGGCAUCCACCCCUUCUACAUCCCGCGCUCCAACCCCGACGGAUACGGCGUGAUCCUGAGUUCCCUGGACGACGUGACGCUGAAGAAGGUCAAGAUGGAGAAGUUCGACGGCAAGAACUGGGAGUCGGCGAUGCAGAAGAACUCCCACAUCAGCGGCUACUCGAAACCCGGCAAGAAGUAGAUGCUCUGUCCUCUUUGGGAAGAGAGUAAAUCGAACGGUCUUGGCGAUGCAUCGGUACCAAAAAUAUCAGCACCAGAUAUUAUAUAUUCAUUGCAUUUUUUUACGUAAAUACGAGUAAACUUAUUUGAAUAC